GUGAAUCCACAUUCUGGCAAGGCGUCUUGUCAGCUCGCUCUGAGGAUGGUUACUGUGAGGAAGUGGACACAGUCCGUGGAGUCUUUGUGUGUCGCCGGAGUUGAAAGGAAUUUGCAGAUAUUGCUUUGAUUCAAAGGAAAUAUCUGGCGCAGCGGAGAGAUGUGCACGUUUGGUGAGAGUGCGAGACAGAGGCUUCCCGUCACUUGUUGCUGCUCAGGACCAGGAGCACAGCGAGGGAGAGCCGCUAGUUGAGCCAUGAUGCUGGAGACGGAGAGUAAAGAGGCUCCAGCUGCUGAGAGCAACCAGGCACAGGUCACAGCGGGACACGUGUCCACGAACACGCUGCAGGUACCCGGUGAAGCAUCCGUGUCUCCGCCCGUGGCCUCCAUACACUCUCACUCUCCUGCCCCCCCAGCGACUGAGGAUGAGGAUGAGAGUGAGGACGAGUCAGACAUCUUGGAGGAAAGUCCCUGUGGCCACUGGCUGAAACGCAGUGAGGAGGUGAAUCAGCGUAAUGUACCCGGGAUAGAUGCUGCGUAUUUGGCUGUGGACACAGAGGAGGGUGUGGAGGUAGUUUGGAAUGAAGUCAUGAUCUCGGAGAGGAAGAACUUCAAACUGCUGGAGGAAAAGGUCAAGGCUGUAUUUGAUAACCUGAUCCAUUUGGAACAUGCAAAUAUUGUCAAGUUUCACAAGUACUGGGCUGACACAAAGGAGAACCGGGCGAGGGUGAUUUUCAUUACAGAAUAUAUGUCAUCCGGAAGCUUGAAGCAGUUCCUGAAGAAGACUAAGAAGAAUCACAAGAGUAUGAAUGAAAAGGCUUGGAAGAGAUGGUGCACUCAGAUCCUGUCUGCUCUCAGUUAUCUCCACUCAUGUGAUCCACCCAUCAUCCAUGGCGACCUGACCUGUGAUACCAUCUUCAUUCAGCACAACGGGCUCAUCAAGAUCGGAUCAGUUUCUCCAGAAACUAUUAACAGCCAUGUGAAGACUUUUCAAGAGGAACAGAAGAACAUGCACUUCUUUGCUCCAGAAUAUGGAGCUGUUGAGGAGAUCACUACUGCAGUAGACAUUUACUCAUUUGGCAUGUGUGCAUUAGAGAUGGCGCUCCUGGAGAUCCAGGGGAAUGGAGAGUCCUAUAAUGUUUCUCAGGAGGCCGUAAACAAUGCGAUACAGUUACUGGAGGACCCACUGCAGAGGGAGUUAAUCCGGAAGUGCCUCGAGCGUGAUCCUAUUGCAAGACCUACAGCCAGAGAGCUGCUCUUCAACCAGGCUCUGUUUGAAGUACCUCAGCUAAAACUGCUGGCUGCCCAUUGUAUUGUUAGCCACCAACACACGAUACCUGAAAAUGCUCUAGAGGAGAUAACCAAGAACCUGGACCCCAACCUGGUCAUUGCUGAGAGUAAAGAGGGUGUUCAGCUCAAGCUUUCACAGUUUCCUGCUUUAGAACUUGAUAAAUUCCUGGAGGAUGUCAGGAAUGGUAUUUAUCCAAUGACGGCGUUUGGGCUGCCCUGUCCUCAGCAGCCUCAACAGGAGACGGUUCAAUCUCCUGUCGUCGUCCCCUUGGUCAAAUCCCCAACCCCUGAACCUGCAGAGCUCGAGACACGACGGGUCGUUCAAAUGCAGUGUAAUGCUGAACCUGUGGAGGAGGGUGCAAGGUUUCAUCUUACAUUACUGCUGAAACUGGAUGAUAAACUGACCAGACAUCUAAGCUGUGACAUGCUACCCAAUGAAUCUGGUCAAGAGCUGGCUGAAGAGUUGGUGCAGCUGUGCUUCAUCAGUGAGUUGGACCAAAACAAAAUAGCCUGUUUGCUAGAAGAAAGUUGCACUCAAGCUCUUCACUAGCAAGGGUUUCCUCAAGAUGUGUUGGCAUAAUGUGAUAUUCUGUACUAUCUCAGGUUCAAACUGCAUCUUUUUACUCAAUAAAUUUCAGAAGUUGAACA